AUGUCUAACGAUUCACAGGGUAAUGGCGCAGGCACCACCGGGCUGGAGUCUUCGCUUUCUAACAUGAACGUAAAUGCCCCCGCUUCCUCGCCUGCUCCUAAUGACAACCCUGGUGCGGCUGCAACCGCGACGGCCGGACCCAAGAAGCGCUAUGUGCCACCUCAUCUUCGCAACCAGCCGGAGGGUGUGGCGCCUCCGCGAUCUGGAGGACGUGGCGCCUCGACGCUGCCUCCUGCCUUUAGCAGCGGCCGUCGCGGAUACGGUCCUAGCGAGCCUGCUGCGACAGGUGGUCGCUGGAGCGGUCUGAGCAGUGGCGGUGGCUGGAGUGACCGCGGAUCUCGUCGCAAUGACGGUUUUGGUUCGUGGAAGGACGGAAAGCACAUUAUUGGUCCGUCGAAUGAGCGCCUAGAGCGUGAACUCUUUGGUGUGGCAGACGACGGCCUGCACCAAAGCACGGGUAUCAACUUUGACAAGUACGGCGAUAUUCCUGUUGAGGCGACUGGUCGUGAUGUGCCCGAACCGAUCAUCGAGUUCACUCAUCCUCCGGUGGAUGAACACCUGAUUUCGAACAUCCGUCUGGCACGAUACACAACGCCAACUCCGGUGCAGAAGUACUCGAUUCCGAUCGUUGGUGCUGGUCGCGACCUGAUGGGGUGUGCCCAGACCGGUUCGGGUAAGACUGGUGGCUUUCUGUUUCCCAUCCUUUCGGCACUGUUCACCCAUGGCCCGCCACCGAUGCCCCCACAGCCCCCAUCGUACGGUCGCUCGAAGGCCUACCCCUCUGUGUUGAUCCUCGCACCUACACGUGAGCUUGUGUCGCAGAUUCACGAGGAGGCGCGCAAGUUCACCUACCGUUCGUGGGUGCGCCCCGCCGUCGUAUACGGUGGCGCUGAGAUGGGCGCACAGCUGCGCCAAAUCGAGCGUGGCUGUGACCUGCUGUCGGCGACUCCCGGUCGUCUAGUGGACUUGAUUGAGCGCGGUCGUAUCAGUCUUGCUAAUGUGCGUUUCCUGGUGCUCGAUGAGGCCGACCGUAUGCUUGAUAUGGGUUUCGAGCCCCAAAUCCGACGCAUCGUUGUGGGCGAAGAUAUGCCCGGUGUCAUGGACCGUCAGACGCUUAUGUUCUCGGCUACCUUCCCCCAAAAUAUCCAGAUGCUCGCCAAGGACUUUUUGAAGGAGUACGUGUUUUUGUCGGUGGGUCGUGUCGGUUCCACCUCGGAGAACAUUACUCAAAAGAUUGAGUUUGUCGAGGACCGCGACAAGCAGUCGGUUCUGCUCGACGUUCUUGCUGCCAUGCCUAAGACAGGACUUACACUGAUUUUCGUUGAAACCAAGCGCAUGGCUGACAUGCUGUCGGACUUUUUGAUCUACUCAAAUAUCCCUGCCACCUCCAUUCACGGUGAUCGCACGCAGCGUGAGCGUGAGUAUGCACUGGACCUCUUCCGCUCAGGUCGCACGCCGAUUCUGGUGGCUACCGCUGUGGCUGCGCGUGGUCUUGAUAUCCCCAAUGUGACGCAUGUGGUGAACUACGACUUGCCGUCCGACAUUGACGACUAUGUUCAUCGUAUUGGUCGUACCGGUCGUGCUGGUAACGUCGGUCAUGCCACCGCCUUCUUUAAUCGCAACAACCGCAACAUUGUCCGCGAUCUUAUCAAGCUACUACAGGAGGCCAACCAGGAAGUGCCCUCGUGGCUCGAGAUGGUAGCUUCUGAGAGCGCCUUUUCUAGUGGUAGCCGCGGCGGUCGCGGCGGUCGUAUCGGCGGCGGUCGCAUGGGCGGUCGCGGCAGUGGCUUUGGUGGUCGCGACUUGCGGUCCGGCAUGGGUGGCGGUAGCGCCUUCGGCCCUCGCAGUGGUGGCUACGGCGGCGGCUACGGCGGUGGCAGCUUCUACAACGGCCCCCCUGCCCCCGACCACGGUAGCAGCGCCGGCGGCCAGUCGUGGUGGCAGUAA